GUACUAUGACGACCGUUGCCGGGUGCAGUUCACUGCGGAUCAACAGGGGGCGUUCAGCUUCGUCACCACGAUGCCGGGGAAGUACAAGCUGGGGUAUUACUACCGCCCCGCACACAUCCACUACCGUGUGACUGCGCACGGGUACCGUGAGGUCGUCACGCAGCAGUACUUCUCCCACGACACGUCGCUCGGCGUGAACGACCCGUGUGAUACCUGCAACUCCGGCAGCCCCGAGCUGAUUCUGGACGUCCGGGCUCCCACCGCAGACGACCUGCUGCAGAUAGCACAACUCGUCAGCUUUCCCGUCAACAAGGUCGUGGAGUUUAACCCCGUCAUGAGCCACUAGUGACCAUGACAGCAUCUAGACACAUACAAG